AUGGCUGGUAGAAAGCGAAGCUUAUCAAAUGAUGCAGAUACGUCUGCUCUGUACAAGGAAUUGGAUGAAGUUUCUUGCCCCAUUUGCAUGGACCACCCACACAAUACUGUUCUUCUCAUUUGCAGUUCUCAUGAUAAGGGCUGUCGGUCAUACAUUUGCGACACUAGUUAUAGGCAUUCAAAUUGCUUGGAUCGAUUUAAAAAACUUACAGAAGAAAACACAGACAGCUAUACUACAUUAGCACCCAGAAGUCUGCAUGAUUUUAUUAAUGCUUCUAGUAGGAACUUUGACCUGGGAACUUCAAGUGGUUUGACUUGGGAUCAUGUGAAUCACGAUCUUAAUGCAAGUAACACUGGCACAACUGUGGAAAUGCCUGGAGGAUCUGGAGGAAGCAGCACUCAUGAUGCAGAUUCUGACUUUGCAGAACAAGAAGGAAUGUUGUGGGAAAGGUUUGAUCUUGGAGAGACUAACAUGGAGAAGCCAGAACCACAAUCAAAUUUGAGAUGCCCUUUGUGCCGAGGGAGAGUUCUGGGCUGGAAGGUUGUAGAAGAGGCUAGAAUGUAUCUCAACCUGAAGUCCCGAAGUUGCUCUCGUGAAUCAUGCUCGUUCUCUGGUAACUAUAGGGAACUACGUCGGCAUGCUAGAAGGGUUCAUCCGACAGCCUGCCCAGCUGAUAUUGACCCAUCAAGACAGCAAGCCUGGCAACGCCUUGAAGAUCAGAGAGUGAACAAUGAUAUUGUUAGUGCCAUUCGCUCAUCCAUGCCAGGGGCAAUUGUACUUGGUGACUAUGUGAUUGAUAAUGGAGAUAGGCUAUCAGGUGAUAGGGAAAGAAAUGUAAUUGGUGACUCUGUGUUUGGUAAUGGAAGUGGGCUAUCAGAUGGAAGUGAAAGAGUUCUUGGUGACUAUGUGUAUGAUAAUGGAAGUGUGCUAUCAGGUGGAACCAGAAGAAGUGGUGCUGAAGCUGGUAGGUGGUUAAGCACCUUCUUCUUGUUUCACAUGAUCGGUUCAAUGGAUCCAGCAUCUGAGCGAAGAGGUGGCAGGUCAAGAGGUUUGGCAAGGCAUCGACGCCCAAGCGUACCUUUUUCUAGACGGCACUAUCUUUGGGGUGAAAGGCUGUUGCAAGAUGAUAAUGAUGAGGAAGAGGAGGAGGAUGACGACGAUGACGAAGAAGAAGAUCAUAAUGAAACCGAUCUAAACAUAUUGAGUGAUAUUGGUGAAGAUAUUCUUGCAAACCCGAGAAGGCGUCGAAGGCUGAUGCGUUCUAGAUUGCCUCUUGAAGAAUGGAUUUCAGCAUGA